AUGGUGGUCGGAGGACCUACAAUCACCCUGUCCAACGGCACAAAGAUGCCACAAGUUGGGUUAGGAACUUGGCAGUCUAAACCUGAAGAGGUCAAGGCAGCUGUAAAAACUGCUGUAGAGGCAGGAUAUCGUCUAAUUGACACGGCUACUUGCUACGAAAAUGAGAGCGCUAUCGGCGACGCUAUCAAAGAGUUGAUUCAAGAAGGAAAAGUCACUCGAGAGAGGAGCUCUUCAUUACCACCAAGUUGUGGCUCACCCAUUUGCAUCCUGACGACACCGAAACUGGAAUUCGAGAAUCACUUGGUCGCCUUUCAGCGUAGACUAAACUUACGUCGACCUUUACCUUGCACAUUUCCCGACCAUGAUAUGACUGAACAAAAUCCUUCGGUAACCGUUCAAGACAUUUGGCGUGGUUUGGAAGGUGUGUACAAAAAAGGAUUGACAAAAGCGAUUGGUGUGGAGCUCUACCUUUAUUGGCCUCAGCAUGAAUUACAUGAAGUUUGUAAAAAGCACAACAUUUCUUUGACGUCUUACGGCUCACUAGGAUCACCUGGUCGCGUCAACUUCUCUCUUCCAAGUGGAGCUAAACUUGUAUGGGCGCCUGCACCAAAUCCAUUCGAGGACGAAAAUGUGAAAAACUUGGCCAAGAAGUACUCAAAAACCCCAGCCCAGGUUUGCUGA